AUGCACUUUGGGUUCAGAGGGUUCCAAUAUCAAGCUCCCAAGACAACAUUGGCUCCCAUCGUGAGUGAAGAAUACCAACCCUCUGUUGCUAUCAGACCUUCAAUCAACACAAACUGCAAAGAGUCAAAGUACUGGCUGGAGAUAAACCAUGGUACACCUAGGGGCAUGCAAAUGGGUUCUGUCAGUAGGUAUCCAUAUUCAAAAAGUAUGGCUUUGACCCAAGGAAUCCACUAAAGCUUCCCCUGCCCCAAUUGAUACUCUAGUCCCAAGGAUAUUCAAAUCAGGCCCACGAGGAGUCCAACCUAUUUCCACAGAAGAUAACCUUGUCUCUAGCAAUACAGACUCUGCACAUGGUGAAAAUUAACAUAGAAAAGUGCAACCUACUCCUAAAGUGGUAAGGUCUGACACCGACCACAGCUCCUACACCCCAGGUCCCAGGCAAUUCAAUAACUUCAAGAGCGUCUCUGCUCAAAGGGGUUAAUGCACCUCCCUGCAGUUCUGCUUCACUACAGAUGGAGGACACUAACGCUGCAAUCCAGAAUGUGCCUAUCACUGAAACUUCCAUCUCCAGUGUGGUCCAACAAUCUUCUGAUACUUCUGUUCAAAGCAGCCUGCAUUCCCUCAGCAAUUUCAUGUCUUCUUCAGAAGUGCAGACCACUACCACCGACAUGCCUCGCUCUACCCAGAGAGUCAGUAGGCCUUGGUUUCGCAGCUACACACCUGGCAAGGAUAACAAUGCUAAAACUGGCCAUGUUUUCAAGGGAUUCAAACCAGCCCCAACCCAACCACCAUCUCCCCAGAUUGAGAGUCUAAACAACGUCCAGCCAAGCUCUGGUUUUCCCAGCAACAAUGAUGUCCAUGUCAGUUCUACCACUAGAGAGGCUAAACCUGGUCCAAUAAGCACACAGCCGAUUAGAGCCAAAGUAGUGAUUCAUCUCACAAAACUGUUGAUGAUCACUCUAGUUAUGAAGACCCCAAGUCUCCCCCACAUGACUCAGAAAGCAACAAAAUGUCAAGCAAUUCCAUUAGGUACAAAUCUGGUAAACUCACAAAAAUCUGGAAUGGCUAUGCUUUCAUGGGCUUCCAAAAACGUAUGGGCAAAGCAGGGUCAACCCAGGACAAAGAAAGAUGCUAACCUCUGUGCCCAAAAUGUGCCUCUCACCACAACCACCCCCACCCCCAGUAAGGUUCCACCUGUCUCUGGAUCAAUUGAGGCCAGUGAAGAGCAUCCACCCCCAGUUACACCCACCUCUGCCUCCAGUGUCCACCCAAGCCCUCCCAGUGUCCAAAUCGAACCAGAUCCAAGCACCACUGAACUCGCUGAGAGUCACAACCCCACCAGCAGCGUUGUAAAGGGCAAACGUGUCAAGGGAAAGGGCCAAAAUCGUAUUUUCUCCUCCGAUGCCUCCUCUCCCUCCAACGACACCGCCUCCCCACCCAUCAUCAGGCCGCCCCAAGAGGUUCAAGGCAAUCCAGUUUCCUAAUAUUCAAGGAAGUGCCUUUCAGUGGAGUCCGACCCAGGGGAGGCUCCAGACCCAGUGUAAAGCCAACAUCCAAUACCACAGCGUCAGGCCAAGAUGGAGGUGCAUUGGACAAGGAUCAACCAACACCCAGAGGGUCGGGGUCACCCCAAGGUAAAGGAGGGGACCCCAAGGCCGUCCCACUCCCACCGUUCCCCAGUGAAGCUGAUACUGCUCAGAGUGGAGAGGUGGAUGUCAGUAGUGUCAAAGGGGACGUCCAAAGUGAGGUAGGGGUCUUCAUUAGUGUGGAAAGGGGCAUGAUAAGUGAAGAAAAUGUACCUUUAGAUGGGUCGGAUGUGCCCUCUGCAGUCUACUGA